UGCAGGUAAGUUCACAAUGAAGAUCAUUCUAGUGUGCCUAGCUCUGCUAGGCGCCACCUACGCUCAUUUACCUAUUGAGGAAGUUGAGAAACGAUGCCUGGUUGACAAACCGGACGUGUCACAAGGUGUCGCCUACGUCGCGGACACAGACUGCGCCUAUUUCUGGCAGUGUGAUUUCGCCUACACCCUACUGAAGAAUAUCACCCUCAAAAAAUGUCCCAUCGGAACGCUGUGGGUCACCAUCGGGAUUCUAGCAUCCCCACCAGCACCCGGUCAAGAACCAGUGGUUUGUGUCAACUGCGAGUUGCAGCCCGACCCUGUGUGUCAUGUAAAGUACCCCCUCGGGUCGAAACAGUGCCCGUAUCACCCACCGCCUGUACCUACUACAACGGAAAAACCACCUCCUCUUGGACCGAAACGAUGUACACUCAGACCUCAGAAUUUGGAGUUCCAAGAAAUUGUAGGAGAAGUAAGCAAAAUUUGGUACCUGGGAGCAAACCAAACGUAUGACUGCGGGCAUCUUCCUUUUAGCUUUCACAAAUGUGGUUGCCUCGCGGCAAAAGAGUUUCCAAUUUCCUGGAAUUUUGUGGUGAACUUGAACUCGUACGGAAACAGGAUUUACGCCGCCAACGAACCAGUGGGCACUGUAAAAUUAUCUGGUGAUGGCUGCGCAGUGUUUAACGGAUCAGGCGGACUUCAAAUUCCAUACUUUAAGAACAUGCGUCCUAGAACAAACUGGGUAACUGGUGUUGUGUUCAACAGGCCCAAGAAGCAGAAUGCCACUAUUCUUUACCAGUGUAUUUCCAUUUACAUAGAAGGUGAUGAAGUCUCAGCUGCUGUAGUAGUCCAGAACCCCUUGGGCGAGAAGCAGACCCUGAAUGUCUCAGUUACGGCACCUGGGGCUGGGUACAUAGGAGUGAUCGUGAUAUGGGACGGCAAGAUCUUAACCCUCACCGUAUACGCAGCCGGCGCCGUGUACCAGAACUCCGCUGCAGUAGCAAUUGACCCCGACAAUGAUUACACAUGCUCGAUCGUUUGUUUACCACAACAGCCUCUGUUUGUCAGUUACUAUCCCUUAGACGACCCCCCUCCGUGGCCUGGGCCUGGGGUAUGGCCAGGGCCAUGGCCAUAUGCAGGUCUCCCUGGAAGCUAUUCUGGCAAUAUUUGUUUGCUAUUCUUUACCGACGAAGUGUAUCCUAACGCCGAUGCUGUCAAAGCUGAUAUGCAGCUUGGUUACUUUGGACCAUCGUGGUAA